AUGCGACUCAGCCAGCCUGUCAGUGUCGUCGUGUGUGUUGUGAGGUGGGCUCUUGCGUUGCAUCCUGUGUUUUCCGGUGUCUGUAUUCGUAGUUGUGCCCUUACAAAGAGCAGACAACUACGUACAAGGGGACGGCUACGAACACGACACCGGAACGUUUAUUUGUGGUCAGAGGAAAGCAGAACUGCCGAAGUCGUACCCGAAGCCUGACCCUGAGUGUCCCACAGGUAUGUUGAUCAGACUUGCUCGUUGGAAGAGGAACUGAUCUCCAUCCAGGAUGUUGUGUUUGAAGACGCCCAUUUUCAUGUUACUGAUAAGCUUCGUCUCAAGUCAGCCGCCUCAGGACGUGCUGCCCUUCACGCCAAGGCCUCCAGCUACCGGUCCCUGUCCUGUGGUGCCUGUUGUCCAGAAUUUUAACCUGCACAGGUAUUUGGGUCGGUGGUAUGAGAUCGAACGUUUCUUCGCCCCGUUCCAAACCGGCGAUUGCGUAACUGCUGAUUACGGCCUGCUGCCUAAUGGCUCGGUGUCAGUCAUCAACACAGAGGUUGUGGAGGGUGAACUAAACUCAGUGAUGGGAUUCGCCACCUUGGGACCUAACCCUGCAGAGGGAAGGCUGGUGGUUACCUUCCCAUUCUCGUCUGGAGGUUCAUUCUCUGUGGAUGGGGAACCAAAUUAUACGGUGGUAGCCACGGAUUACGACAAUUACGCUCUUGUUUACUCCUGCUCUUCCUUUGGUGCUGGAAACAAAAUCGAAUUUUCCUGGAUUCUGUCGAGGAUGCCCAAUUUACCGCCACAGUUCGUAUCUGAACUGAAGAAAUGGGCAACUUUAGUGAACAUAGACGCUGCUCGUUACUCGCCCCUCAAGCAAGACUACACCUGUCCCCGUCGUCAAAUAUAACUUUUUUGUUUAUUUCGAAAUGUUGUAGUUUAUUGAAUUAUAUCUUUUAUAUAUGAGUUUU